AUGAACGUGCGGGACUUCGCCGACAGUCAGAAGACUCACUAUACCAUUGUGCCCAGCGCCAAGCGCAGAAAACUAGAUAGCUAUGACACGAAUAAUGUGCCUUUUGUGAGACUUUUCGAUGGCGAGGAGCCAGAAAGCAUGGUGCUGCAAAGAUGGGAACUGUACCACCAGUUGUAUUACGAAUUUCACUCUCAGGUAGACGAUAUUCUGCACGAAAUCCAGCGCGAUGUAUAUGGGAGCAUUCCACGGGCGAUUGCAAAAGGGCUUUCACAGUGUAAUGGAAAAUAUUUUAGUACUCUGUUUCUGCUGGGUGCAGACGGAUCGACUCAGGUGGAGGCUCCGGAAGAUGAUAAUAAGCAGAUAAACGUCGUGGUGGAUCUUACCCCUAAGGAAUCCCCGAAUCUUCGGAUGAUCCUACGGCGGUCAAUGUUCAAAUUGCAUUCUGCUCUAGAUACAAAAUUACAUGGGAAUCAGGACGAAGCUGACGGCGAAGAGGUGCUUGACGUUGAGGAAUCUGAUGAGCAGCAAACAGGGUCCGCUACUCCAUUCACUGAGGCCGAAGAGGAAAUUGAUGGAGUUCUGUACGACCUUUCUAUGAUAGAACGAUUCAGUAAGAAAUUUCCGAAGCGGCUUAACCUUAUCUUCAACUUCAAGGAUGUAGACUCUUUCUACUUCCAGGUGCUAGAGGACUUUAUAUGGCUAUUACAAGCCACUUUGGAGAAUGAUCAGGUAAGAAUAUGCUUUGUCUUUAACAUCAAUACUAACAUAUCCAAUUUCGAGAAGAACUUGAAACAGAACUGUGUCCGACUGCUAAAGAAGAACUUUACAAAACUGGAUUUGUCUCAUAACAAGGGACAUAAAUAUGUCAACAGCGUUUUUAAAAGCUUCCUGAAUACUGUGGAUGGAAAACUUAAUCUUUCGCCCAGGUUCGUUAAGUUUAUCCUGGAUAAAAUGAACAACAAGUCUAACCAGAAUCUUCCAUUACUGAUUAAAAUCCUGGAUUAUUCGCUGAUGGCAUAUUUCUUUCAAAAUCCAUACUCAAUGUUCAUCGAUUUGACCAAUAUAAACCAUUUUGAUGACAAGUAUAUUCAGGGACUCGUGAAAUGUAAUACAUUUAUGUCAUUCAUUGAGAUUAUGAUAAAGGAACAGGCACCAUCAGACGACAUAUUAUCCUUACUGGAGAAUCGUGACAAGGCCCUGGAGGAGUUCUUUGCGGAGUUUCUCGUUAGGGAGAAUCCAAUAAAUGGACAUCUCAACCACGUCGUGGACUUUCUGGAGCAGAAAUUGGGCGUAACGGAUUUUAACGUCAUCGAGCUGUACCAUCAUAUGUUAUUAGGGACCCUUGAUGAUUUUCUGAAGGCAUGGCCACAAUGCAAUGGGCAUAUGGAACAGUUGAGCUUUGAACCCCUGGAGAUAGUCUUUCAAGAGCUCUUCACCCUUGACAACAACAAUGGACUUUUGACUCAGGCAUUGUUUCCCUUUCUUCGUUCUAACAUGGAAGACAACCUUUUGAACUGUGAGAGAAUUUUCCCAGCUCCAACGAGGUUACAGACUGCUGAGAAUAAAUUAGAAAUGGAACUCAAUCAGUUACUGGAUCCACCCAUUUGCAGACUUUUCAAGCUAUACAGGGAGGCCAACGCGGUCAUUAAUGUUUAUGACUUCUUCACGGCAUUCAAAGAGACACUGCCUUCGAAGGAGAUACUCGAGCUACUCAGGAAGGCUGUCGAGCAGGAUGAACUAAAAUUACAACCUGAUCAGCGGGAUACUCUGGUGAAAUUCUUUUCUGGAUCUAAUGACGAUGAAAUAUUCGAUAAAUUAGCUUUGGUAUGGUUUGUGCAGUCGGUUUCUGAGUGUCAAUACAUAGGUAUCUUCAGAACGCACCAAUAUAAAUCGUAUGAGGCUAUUGAAAAGAUAAUAUGGAGGGGGAUAUAA